GUAGAUCAUCUACUGUAGUACUGUCGAUCUGUCUUCCACAAAUGGCACAAUACAUUAUACUUUAUACUCACUGAGUGACAAUGCAUAAUAAUAUUCUAUCAAUUGUUUAUUUAGUCUAGAUCUAGAUUAUUUCUAGAUCAAGUUCUAGAAUCGAGAUGACUCAACUGACUCUAGAUUUCUACAUGUUCAUGAUGUUGGUCUUUUGGAUUUUUGGAAGGAAUCAUUAUCAUGAUGAAUGUAUCUCUAUUCUAGAUCUAGAUCUACAACUGUUUACUGUGAACCACUGAACUCUGAAGUGGACUGAACUAGACUAGUGUCACUAGUCACUAUCAGACCAGUGUAUCACUAGGGACAGGGACUGACAAUACUCACUAGAAUCGUCACUACAGUACUACAGUGUCUACAGGCUAGACACACUUAUCACACUAGGCUGUGAGUCUUUGAAGAAUGAGCUGGGGUGAACAAGAAAGCAUAGCAGAAUCAUUAGAAAAUCCUGAUCCAGAAGAAGAUUUAGAUCUGCCACGCAGACAAAAUGAAGAUGUUGAAAGACCUGAAGACGACCUGGGUGUACCUAUUGUUGAAACAAGUGCUUUUUUUACAGAAAACAAUGCAAGAACCACUGACAAUUCAGCUGUUUCAGAUCAAAUUGACAAUGAGCCUAAUGUUACUAGUGAUGAAAAGGAUGUACAUUGUGUCAAUGCAUUAGUUGCUCACACUGAAGAUGGUGCAGGGCUUGCAAGUUUAUUAUUAGAACAUGAUGCAAUACCCGUUUCUAACAUUGAGACUGAUUGCAAGCACAUUUGUAUUGCAAAUUCUGAUAAAAAUCUGGUUGCCAAAUCAGAUUUGAACAUUAGUGAAUCUAGAAACACUAGCAUGUCAGAAGUUGAACAACCCACCAGGAAAGUAGAUCAAUUUGGGGAAAGAAACACUCUUCAGUUCAGUGGUGAUGUUGAAGUAUCAAAUAAUCUUGAUGAUGCACCUGAGGCUGAAAUAGCUGGUAUCUGUGAUAACAGAGAUUCACACAAUGAUGAAGAUAAUAUGAAUCUACAUGGUUCUCAUCCUAUUUCCAGUGUUAACUCCAGUACUGAUGACACUAGCUUCUCGUGUACAGCAAUUCAUAUUCAGACAGAUGCAGUGGCUGAUCAGAGAACUAUUCCUAAUGAUGAUUCUAUUGAACAAUUAAGUAAUGAGGUGUCAGACAUGCUUGCCCCUGAAUGUGAUAGACAAGGGGCAGCUCUAGCUACAGCUGCUGUAGUAGAUGACAGUCAUGUAACAACAGAAAGUCAUACUGACUUUGUGCCAGCAACUGUAGACAUUCAUGAACAAGCAAAUUUUGCUAAUAAUGAUUUUAAUAACUCAAAAGUUCCAAUGGGUACUGUUGAUGUACUUGCCAGCAGUUCGUGUAAAUUUACUUUAUCUACACACAUUCCUUCUAGUGAUGCUACCUCAGAAGCCACAGACUUGGUGUCCAAUUCUGCUAAGCUAGAGUCCUCUCCUGCUGAAAAUUAUUCAUUGGUGCAUAACUUAGAAAAUGCUCUUGUGCCUCCUGAGGAUCACAAUUCCCCAAAUGCAAUAUGUAAUUCCAUUCAUCAAGACUCUCAUUCAGACAAAGUCAAAACAAUCAAUCUUUCUAAUGAUGGGAAUAGAGCAUCAAAUCCUCCCACUAUAGCAUUUUCUCAAGAUGAGAGCUGUUUUAACCAGAUAACAAUUAUGAACCAAGAGGUUGUUCUUCAGAAUAACACUUGCACCAGUCCUUCAAAACAGCUUUCUCUUAACUCAACAUCAUCUUCUUCUCAGCAGUCAUCACCUUCUAGAUCAGUUUUUGCACACACUGAGGAAUAUGACUCAAACAGCUUACAGAGGAAACUAGCUCUAGCACUUCAGAGUGAUGAUGAGGAUGAGUUGCUACAUGAACUGGAUGCAGAGCUUCUUGCUAGACCUAAAAACAGAUCUCCAAUGGCAUUUACAGCGCAGAAGUUUAAGAACUUAGAACAUGACAACACACCCAGUUUACUAAAUGGGAUGCAAGGCUUUGACAUGAGACAACUACAAAUUCAUAACAGGCAGUUAUUGGAACAGUUGAAAAUAAGAGAUGAAGAAAUUUCAAGAUUAACAGAAGAGAAUAGAGCACACAAAUCUGAAAUAGCCCAGCUGAACUCCACUUUAAGUCAGUGCCAUUGUAAAUACAGCCCAAACUUGACUAGUGCAGAUGACCUUUAUUUACCACAGAUAAAAGAGUUAGAGAAAACAAUAUCUCAGCAAGAAAAGGAAAUUAAAUUCUUCAAAGAGAAAUUAACAAGUCAUGACAGCUCUGCUAAGAAAACUAUUCAAAGCUUGCAAAAUGAACUCAAAUCUAGAGUUGAUCAGAUCACUAAAAUGUAUGAAGAAUGUUGUAAAGAAAAAGACACCAUUGUCAUACGUUUUGCUGAAUCAGAGGCCAAGCUUAUGGAAGCUAAACGUAUGAUAGAAAAGUGGGAAGCUAAAGCUAAAGAGGCCUUGAAAGAAAAGGAAAGUAUGAUUAGUGCUGUUAAGACUGCCAAAGCUGACAAGGAAAGGCUUGUUGUUAGUUUUGAGACCAAGUGUGCAGAAAUAAGUAACUUAAAUAAAGAAAUUGAAAAGUUGAAAGAAGCCUUGAGUUCGAGUGAAUUUCGGAUCAAGUGGUUUCAAAAUAAGUUGAAGGAUGAACUUGAGCAACACAAGGAAACCAAAGCUACACUUGAGAAGACAACUGUUAAGUUAAAAGAAGCUCGGGAAGAAACAGAAAUAAUUCGCCAAGAAUGUCAAUCUAUUGUUAAACGAUAUCAAGAGUCUGAAGAAAUCAAGUCCAAUAGUUUAGACAAGGAGUUGAAGAUUAAAGAGACAGAACUAAGAACACAAAUGCAAGAGAAAAAUGAUACAGAAGAAAUUCAUCAAAUGACCAAAAGAGAGUUAGAUUCUUUGAAGGUGCAACAUAAGGAUAUCUUGGAAGAAGUGAAAGCUCUCAAAGACAAGGUUCAAUGUCUUGAAGUGGAGAGGCAACAGAACCAUCUCAUGAUUGAAAACUAUCAAGAAAUUAUGCAGAGACAGAAGACAGACAAUGGGACCCUUAAAGCACAAGUCUCUGCUCUGUCAAGUCUUGAGGAUGAAUAUAAAAGAGCUCAGGAGCUGAUCAAAAGUCUUGAUAAAGAUAUAAUUGAACUCAAGGUAGCUAACCGUGAUCUUCAGAAAGAUAUGGAAGCAUGCAGAGAGAGGGAGUCCAAGAUGCUGUCCCUUCAGUCAGAAUUAAGUCGAUCAAAUGCUAUUAUUAAAUCUGAAAACACGACUCUAAUCAACAAGUCAUCAUUACUGGCUGAAGAGGUAGAAAGAAUGAAGAAAGAAGUUCAAGAAUUGGAAGAUAAUGUUAAGAAGCUGAAAGAGAAAUAUGAGGAAGAGAAAAGUAAAAGAGAGAGUGAAGUGUCCAAGAUGGAGAUAUUGAUUUCAGAAAAGACCAAAGAUUGUAAUGAGUUUAAACAAAAAUGGGAAGAUGAACUGGACAAUUCAAAAACAUUAAAAAGAAGGCACGCCAAUAAUAUAAAGGACUUGACUCGUCAGCUUCAGCAAGUGAAGAAAAAGUUGGAGAGUAUGGAAGGAAAAGGUGAUGCAGGGAGCAUGGGAUCUCGAACAAACUCAAAUGGAAGUUUAAAUUCAAUAGACAAUACACAACAUCCUCAACCACCUCCACAAGAGACAGUGAUCACUGAACAGGUAGAAGUUGAUAAACAAGUUCUUAUUGAAAGAAUUGUUCGCUUGCAAAAGGCUCAUGCUCGUAAAAAUGAAAAACUUGAAUUCCUGGGGGAGCACAUCCAGCAGCUGUUGGAAGAGAUCAAGAAGAAAAACAAGAUCAUACAAACAUAUAUUUUAAGAGAGGAAGCUGGGACACUGUCAUCUGAAGAGAUGGAUUCUAAUAAGGCCCAAGUGAAUGCUAUCUAUAAGAUGGAAGUUCAAAAGGAAAUACAGUCAUUACUGGCACGAAAAGGGGGCAUCAUGGCUUCUGUGUAUUCAGUACAUCAACAAGAUGGCACCAUGACCUUAGACCUUUCUCUUCAGAUCAACAGGAAGCUGCAAGCGGUUCUUGAAGAUACCCUGCUGAAAAACAUCACACUUAAGGAAAAUUUAGAUACACUUGGAGAAGAAAUCGCUAGACUAUCCCAGGAAAACAGGAGACUUCAGCUCAGUUUGCAAGAGAUUCAAAAACAUUCACAGCUAGUGCAGGCAUAGCAGUGACUAAAAUAUUUUACUUGAUAUUAGAGUUUUACUCAUUUUAAAACUGUUUUAGCAUUAACAUUAGCUUUUAACACCCCAAGAACCCUUCAUUUAAUUAUUAAUGAAUCCUAUAUGAAAUCCGAUAAGAUGAAUGAAAAAAAAAUGUUAGAGAAACUACACUGUUUUUAAAAGAUGUCAAGACUUAGAUCAGCUUUGAAUGACAAAAAAAAAGUUGUGUUUAUUCUUUGGUUAUUCUUUGGGUACUCAAGUUUUCCUAAUUGAGAAAGGAUUGCAUUCUUCACAAACAUUUAGUCAAUAUUUCUCUAUCUUGUGAUCAUUGGUUUCACAAUGUUGAUGCAAGAUUUUUGGGAACAUAUCCUAUAAUGCAAUCCCAUGUCAUUGGAGCUAUUCACAUAUUGAUGGUGUGAUGUUACAGUAUAUACGUUGUCAUUGCUCUGUCCUUAUACAUAUUUAUAUAUGCAUGUAUUUUACUUGUGGGACCAUCAUCAAUGUUGUUUGUUUUGUUGUUGUUUGUUUUGUUGACCUUAAAUAUGCUUAAGAUGGCUGGACAGACAAGCCAUACACUGGACUUCUUUGAGAAUACAUUUGAUUUACUUUUUUUUCUAAAUCCAUAUUUAUGAACAUUGUACAUAGGGUAGUAGUCUUCAUUUGUAGUGGUUGGGGAACUUUGACCCCUUUGUACCUAACCAACAUUAUUUCCUUUUUGCUUGACUUUCUUUGAUUGCAAUAUGAUUCUGGGAUGUGCAAUGUUAUAUAGGGUGUAGAUUUUCUGCUCUUUGAUAUUUAUGGCUAGUGAUUACUGAUGUACAUUAUAAUAUUGAUAAUAAUUGUAUUAGGCAUUGUUUAAAAGCACAAAGGUUAAUGAAGAUGGCAGUAGUUCAUGUGGCUAUGAAGACCCAGCUGUGACAUUUUGUCAGAUCUGAUGAAAUUUGUUGGCUGAGCAUUGUUUUUAUUGUUGAGUUAUAUUAUUUUAAUGAAUACAUUUGCAUCUAUAUGUUGGGUUGUUUAAGAUUGCCCAAACUAUCUAAUGUAAUGUUAAAGCAAUGAAAUGGAAUUUGAGGUAACAUUUGUUAUUCUGCUGUAAAAUGAUUGAGUUUGAAAUCUAACAAUCUUUAUUCUGAAAAACUCCAAAAACAUUUUAUGCAUUUUAGAUUCUAAUUGGUCCUUUGGUGAUUUGUGUGUGUGUUUGUAUAUAUAAGUAGCGGGGUGUGGUAGCUGAGUGAUAAAGCUGUUGGUUUCCAAACCAGGGAGUCUCAAGUUCAAAUCCUUGUGAAGAAGGGGAUUUUGAAUUUCUUGAUUUCUACAGGUGCUGAGUUCACCCAACUCUAAUUGUACCUGAUAUACAUUGGGCAAGUAUGUGUGGUUGUUGUCCUGAACACAAGACACCCUCAUAAGCCGGCAUCUAAAGAAAAAGAUUUACAUUAUUUGCCCCCAUAGAUCUGAAAGGGGCUACCUUUCUAUUUAUUUAUAAAAGUAUAUUUAAUUUUCUCUCUAUAAGUAGCUGUAAACUGGUCUCCUUAUUUGUUGCAGUUUCUUACUAAGUCAUUAGAGAUAUAUAUUUUUUUUUGUUGUAAGUAAACUUGUUUGUUGUGAUACCUUUUGUCUACUUUUAAGUUUUUAACAUGUCACAUUGUUAUCCCUGUUUCUUUAAAUCUUUUAGAACUAGUAUUACUCAAGAAAAAUAGUAAAGAAGAUAAUUCAAAAUAUCUUAGGUUAUACAAAAUAAUGUUGCAAUAUUCUUUGAAAAAAAAGUUUUGUUAUAGUUAUCACAGCUUGAAUCUAUGACUACAGCUGUAGAAGUUAAUCAGCACAUUAUUCUAAUUUUUUUUUAAUGUAAAUAUGAUUUUAAAAAUUUUUUGUACAAUUCCUCCGAUUGGCAUACACAACUGUUGAUGGGGUGAAGACUAGAUAGGUAUUAUGUAGACCACCAUCAGCUUUAUAAAGUAGGAAUUGAUUACAUUGAAAACUUUGUCACUUGCUUUUUUUUUUUUUUUUGUGUUAUUUUAUUUUACUUCAAAAAGUGCAAUUGUUGAAACAGGUUUUGUUUUGUAUUUUAUUCUAUUUAGCCUCAGUUGAAGUCAAAAGUAUUAUUUCAUAUCGUUUGAAUGCAAAUUGUAAUGUAUACAUUCAAUUUUUUAUUUAUUCCUUUCUGUGUUUGACCAGUGACAUGCCUUGGACACAGUCCCAUGUUGAUGAACUCUUGGAGACCUCAGUCUUAUAUUGUCAUCUAUGAUUUUUAGUCUGCUUUGAACAUUCUGUAACUGUUAAAGUGCUGGUCAUUUUGACUAGUUGAAAAUAGAAUGACUUCAGAUUAAACUGUUUGCCACUGGAGAUUUGUAGCAUGAAAAACAUGCCAUGUGAUAUGUACAAUACAUUCUAAGAUAUUCAGGUUAGAAAUUGAAAACCAAUGCAGACUGAUUUAGAUUCUAAAGUUUUACCAUUAGAAGUUUUGUAAUUAUUUGAUGAACAAAUACAAGAAGACAGAAAUCAUUGUAUCCCAAUGAAACACAAACAGAUACCCUGAUACAAUCCAUAACAAUGAUAUCUUACUGAUGUUUAAAACAGCCCUUAGUGUAUGACAUUAGAAUGUUUAUUUUCUUUAAAUACAUAUACUUCAAUGUUGGAAUUGGUUUUAUAGUGGCUGCAUACUUGAGGAAAUAACCUGCAUGUAUUUUACAGCUUUAACUUAUCAAACUAAAUUGAUACAAUAGAGCCAUUUAUUUGAACAUGAAUGUGAGAAGUCUCAGGUUCUACAAUCUAUUCAAGAGUUUUUUUUAUUGGGUGUGUUUUUGUUCUUUUUUUUUUUUUCAAUUUCUUUUCAUAAUUUUUUUUUCUUACACUGGUGAUUAGGAAAGCUCAUUUUAUUGCUAAUAACAAUCUGCACUGAGUCUGGCUGUUGUAAAUAUUGCAACAAUAGUUUGAUUGAGUUUUGUAUGUAGUCUGUACAUCAUUGGUUAGCAUUGGAAGGUUGUGAUAUUGAUUUAUUUACUCAUUGAUCUUUUUGUUUUCUUUUUUUUUCCCCAUGCAAUGAUUUUGUUUUGCCAUCAUUCCAGAUCUAUCACAUGCCAUAAUAGAAUAAAAUGAUCAACAUUCUAA